GCAUUCUUUUGAAGAAAAAAUUGUUUUUGGGUUUUCGCCUUCGGAACUUCAAUUUGCUUGUUGGGUGAAGACAUAUAACAAGUUUGGUGUAUAUUGUACAGCUUUCAUCGAGUUUGCUAUCGUCGGUUUGAUUUGUUUAUCUGUUUGUUCGUUUGUUCGUUUGCUUGUCUGUUUGUGCGGCUUACUAGGUACUUGCUUGUAUUGGUUUCAGACGGGUGUGUCGAGGGCUUGGAAUAGAUAAUGUGGGAGAGGCCGAGUUUGAAUUGCAUGUAAAUUGAUUUGCAUGCCUAGGAUUGCGUCGAGACGACACCAGAGCAGAGAGUGAAUAUUUGGAUUGUGUUCGACUCAACUCUUUACAUUGAUUCGGAGUGAAGGAUCUACGACAUACGACUCUGGACUUUGGAUUGUGGGAUGAGCUGAAUUAGGAUGAGCCGAGAUGGAAUGAGAAAUGAAGAGAUGAUACGAGGAACAAAUCCAAGAACAAGAACGAGCGCGAUAUGAGUCUAUGAAUCAUUACGGCACGGAACGAAACAGACGCAUCGAAACAAUAAAGAGUAGGAAUAGGCAUACUUGAUCAACGAACGAGGGAACGAAGAACUGUUCAGCAGCGAAAUACCUUGUUUGCAGACGGGCGGACGGAAGAUAUAUACGAUAAAGAGAGGAGAAAGGAAAAGGAAGAACUGCAAAAGAGUAGGAAGAGGGGAGCAUACGUAGGGCAUCUUUUGAGAAUUUGUGAUAUUUUUGGAGAGGGCAACAGGAAGAUUUGAUUGCCAAUCUGCUGAACUGCCGAACCACAUUUUGGAGCUACGCCGAGGAAGAGUGCGCAAAGAGAGGAGAUAUAUAUUUAUAUUGGUUUUGGAGAGGAUCCGAAUGAACGAGUGAAGAAACAAGCAAACGGCUGGAAGAAAAUAAUCUGCGGAAUUAUAUCGUGGGAUUUUGCAGAAUCAUUGUGGAAGGACGAUCAAGAGGGAUCGCCGCGGAAACCAAUUCUCUCACUGAAGAUACUGUGAGAUAUUCACCCAUCUGCCCAUCUACAAUUCACAUACGCCAUCCAAUCAUCUCAUAACUACCUACCCAUACCUAUUACGAGACUACAUACUCGACUCCUAGAUCGCGACCCUCAGCCAUUCUACCUCCCACACCUAAUACACCCGAACCAAGAAAAAAUGAGCACCUCCCUCGAAGCUAAGAUAGUAGUGCUAGGCGCCCAAGGCGUAGGCAAAACAUCACUCCUUCUUCGAUAUAUAAAAAAUCAAUUUAGUCCGAAAACUACGACGUCGACUGUGGGUGCGAGUUUUCUGACAAAAAGAGUGGUGGAUGCCGAGAGUGAUACAAUUGUGAGAUUACAGAUUUGGGAUACGGCGGGACAGGAAAGAUUUAGAUCCAUAUCCCGCCUAUACUACCGCGGGGCAAAUGCCUGUAUCCUCUGCUACAGCAUCACAUCCCAAACCUCAUUCACCGAAAUGUCCGUCUGGCUUACCGAACUUCGUCGCAAUCUUCCUGCGGAUAUCAUCCUUCAUGUCGUAGGCACCAAAGCCGAUCUCGUCGCUAAAGAUCCUAGUGCAAGAGAAGUCCCAUUCGAGAGGUGUAUUGCAUAUGUAGCCGAAAACGUCACAUCUAUUUCAGGCAGUACACCGCCUGCUACAGCUUUGGGAGAACGUGGUUUCGGCAGUUGGGGUGGCGCCGGAGGUGGAGUUUGGGGAUCUGGCGGUCAAGGCACAACGGGGAUAGAAGGUGCACGAUCGCCUUCUAGUAAGAGAAGUUCUGGGUUCUGGGGUAUGGAAGUGGGGUGGGAUUGUUGUCAUGAAGUUAGUGCGGAGAGUGGAGAGGGCGUGGAGGAAGUUUUUAGAGUUAUUACAAGGAAGCUUGUGGAACAGAAUAAUAAGAUGAAAGAACAACUUUUGAGCGCGGUAGCGACUCCUGGUACGCCUGGUUUGGGGAAUGAUGGGAUGGGGAUAGAGGGGCAAACGGGAUAUUUUGAUGGAAUCAUGAGGCCUGGAGGAAGUUUUAGAGUGGGGAGGGGAGAUAGGAGAAGUUGGUUGCUGGGGCUAACAGGGGGGACGCCGCUUGGAGGAAGUGAUGUUGGGACCGGAGUAGGGAUUGGGAGUGCAUAUGGAAAUGGAAAUGCGGAUGGGAGGGAGAGGAGGGAUGAAGAGGGGGGUGAGGUUAAGAGGAGGGGGAGAUGUUGUUGAGGAGGAGACUCUAUUUUAUAAAGAGAGAGUGGAGUGGGGCUUUCUAGGGAUUAUGUUGAACAACAUAAGUUGGGUGGCUCGAUUGACUACGAUAUCACUCUCGAAAGAGCGCUUUUACAACCAGAUUAUUUCUCCUCGAAUACUAACUAAGAGCAAAGAAAGAAUGGUGCAUAUAAAUCAUUCUCCGCCUCUUUUGAUACUAGUCUAGUCGCCAUAACCGAGAUUAAAAAUUUCACUUCAGAGGAUUGGAUAUCGAUAUUGGAUGGUCGACUCCGAAGUUCGAGGGUAAGUGAGCUCGAAACCGAGAACGACAGAAAGAAGGGAGGAGAAACAGUUGAUACCCUUUUUUUACUUAUUACUUUUCUUGACUUAUGAUUUUUAGCUUUUUUUUUCUUUCUGCUUUUGCUUUGAGCUUUGCUUUUUGUUUAGGGCAUUUGCAUUUUCGUGUCUAUAUGAGGGGGUAAGAGGGUGAGGGGGUUUGGUUUAAUAGAAUAGGAGUGGAUGGGUAAGGGGUCAUUGAGAGGUGGGCAGGGGAGUUGUGAUGAUAAGGAAUUAAAUACAUAUACGAGGCGUUUUUUUGUUUUUGUUUUUGUUUUUGUUUUUGUUUUUUGCAUUAGCAGGGAGGGACGGAGGGUCUUUAUUCAUCUGUUUAUUUGAAUGGGGCGGCUUUUAGGUCGGGAGGAUGUGCAUUGAGGGGAUGGGGAAGGGAAGAGAAGGGAUGGAUUUUUAUAUCGUAUCAUGAGUAGGAGAGUUGUGAUGUUGAUGUUGAUGUAUAAGGUGCGGUGUGGUGGAGUUCAUUGGAAAGGAGGGAGCAUGACUGAGCAAGAGAUACCUACCUACCUACCUACUUAAGUAAUGAAUAGCACGGGAUGGAAUGGGAUGAGAUGAGAUGAGAUAUGUAAAAUACAUGAAAUACAUACGAAUUAUCGAUUCAUAUAUGUUGCAUUAUGUUACA